AUGCGUAUCCAGCGAUUCGACAUUCUCAAUCUGCCGCUCGUACCGCCUUCCGAGCGGCUCACUGUCAACCUGCUUGCCGACCCUGUGACGCCAGAACCUCGCUCCAUCGUCUCGAUCCCCGACUCUGCGCCUUCGCUCGUACGCAGGUCCCGCCCGGUUGGCCAAGGCUCUCAUUUCAGCUUCCUCUCCCCCCUGCCUCUUUCUUUUCCCUACGAUUUCCCACCCGAGCAGGAAGGCGAGCAGUCGUUAGGAGAGCGACACCAGAAAGAGCUCCAAGAGGAUGACCAGGACGAUGCACACCUCGCCGAGGGUCAGAAGAGGCAGAAAGUUGAACGAGCACACAAGAAACGCAUGCAGGAGGUCGAACAUAUGCUGCAGCGCUACGAGAUACAGCCUCCCGCGGUGGCAGCCGAUGCGCAAGCAUCUUCCGGUCUGACAGGCCAUGUACCGCCCCGCCGUCGCCACCAGCACUUCCCCUCAGCUCGCCUUCUUGGUCUAUCUUCGGCUGCCCUUCGCGACUGCUUGCCCCAUCUUGACGUUGGUGACUCCUUCGAGUGGAUUCAGAGUCACCACAAGCAAGCCGGUCCAAGCUCAUACAGCUCAGGUCCCUUUGCUGAUGCCAGCACUUCUGCUGCCCCAGAGGCUGCUGCCCGCAAGACACUCAGCGAUUUUGUUUCAGGCCGUCUCAUUGGUGCUCGUAUUGCCGCCAGCCCUGAAGAGCUCGAAAAGGACGACCGCGCUGGGUACGGUACAAAAUACAUGCGAAUUCGUGAGAAGGUCAUCAAGGGCGAACAACAGGAAGAGCCAUCCGAGGAUCGAGUCCUGCGUCGUCUCGACGAGCUCGAGCAGAAGCGCGCUGCCGCCGACACUUCCGACUAUGCUCCGUGGUCCUUGUGCUAUGCCGGUCACCAGUUCGGCGUCUGGGCAGGACAGCUCGGCGACGGCCGAGCGUUCACGUUGAUGGAAACAAAGAACCCAGAAACAAAUGAGCGCUGGGAGAUUCAGCUCAAAGGUGCCGGUCGCACACCCUACUCGCGCUUCGCCGACGGUCUCGCCACACUCUCGAGCAGUGUACGCGAGUACCUCUGCAGUGAAGCCAUGGGCGCCCUCGGCAUUCCCACCAGUCGUGCUCUUGCUGUCGUCGCUCUCCCCGAACUGCACGUCGUCCGCGAACGUCUCAACACGGCCGCUAUCACCACGCGUCUCUGUCCAUCCUGGCUGCGCAUCGGCUCGUUCCAGAUUCAUAGUUCACGCAACGAAUGGGAGUCGGUCCGCAUCCUUGGCGAGUAUGUGGCGCACGACCUCUUCGGCUUCGACGACGUUGUCAAGGGCGGAAAUGUUGGGGACGAGUCGCGGCGACCGGCCUGGGUACGACGAAUGGUGGAGCAGGUGGCCACGCGAAACGCAAAGACCAUCGGUCUGUGGCAAGUGUACGGUUUCAUGCACGGUGUGAUGAACACGGACAACAUCGCACUCACUGGCCACACUAUCGACUAUGGUCCGUAUGCAUUUAUGGAUCUCUACGACGAGGGGCAGAUCUGCAACCACUCAGACGGCGAAGGAAGGUAUGCGUAUCGGCUCCAGCCCACCAUGGGUGUUUUUGCCAUCCGAGAGCUGUUGAACGCCGUAGCGCCGUUGGUUGGCUUCGAGAUCGAGCACAACCGUGCCCCUGCACCAGGCGAGCUGCUUGCAGCGACGGAUGCGCAAAUUGACGAGUGGCGCGAAUCGUGCUCGGACGAAUACUCGGAAGAGCUCGAGCAUGUCUUUACGAGUACGCUGCUCGAGCAGUGGAAGCAGGCGUACCGUGCACGCUUGGGUUUGAAGACGGCAGAAGCUGAUGACAAGAGCGCUCUGAUCGACCCGCUUUCCGAAGUGCUGUCCGAGCUCGACUUUUCCACUACGCUUCGCCGGCUGUGUCAGCUUCCCGCUCUCCUCAAAGCGCGCGGUGCCUCGGUCGAGGAGGAAGACGAGCUCAAGGAUGUCGUUAACGCUUUUAUUGCCGGAGAUGCGGCUACGGGCUUGCAACCUUGGUACGACGUCUCGGUACUGCCGGAGUACCUUCGUUCGCACAAGGAGACGCAGGCGCGUGUGUGGCUGCUUUCAUUCGCCCGUCGUUUGCUCAAGGAAGGCAGGGAUGGCGACGAGGUGACUGCAGAGAUGAAGGGAAAGAACCCGCGCUUCGUGCUGCGUAACUGGGUCACCAACGAAGUGGCCAAGCGUCUCGAGGAGGAGAACGACACCGAUGUCCUGGCCAAGGUGCUCGAGAUGGCGACGAGGCCGUUUGAAGAUUGGGGUCUGCCGGCGCAAGGAAAGUCGGCCGAAGAGGUUGCUGAAGAAGCUCGUCUGUGCUCGCUGGGCAGACCGUUGACGGGCAACCUUCCAUCGUGCUCUUCCUAA